AUGGGCCUGGAGCUGUACCUGGACCUGCUGUCGCAGCCCUGCCGCGCCGUCUACAUCUUCGCCCGCAGGAAUCGAAUCCCCUUCGAGCUGCGCCCCGUGGACCUGCUCAAAGGACAGCAUAUCACCCAGGAGUUCUUCCGGGUUAAUAGGCUGCAGAAGGUGCCUGUUCUCAAGGAUGGUGACUUCAUCUUGACAGAAAGUUCAGCCAUCCUGAUGUACCUGAGUGUCAAGUACCAGAUUGAGGCCCAGUGGUACCCUCCUGACUUGCAGACCCGAGCCCGAGUCCAUGAAUACCUAGGCUGGCAUGCUGACAGCAUCCGGGGAACCUUUGGUGUGCCGCUGUGGACCCAGGUGUUGGGGCCACUCAUUGGGGCCCACGUGCCCAAGGAGAAGGUGGAGCGCAAUCGGGCAGCCAUGGACCGGGUGCUGCAGCUGCUGGAGGACAAGUUCCUGAGGGACAGGCCUUUCCUUGCCAGCCAUCAGGUGACCCUGGCUGACCUCUUGGCACUGGAGGAGCUUAUGCAGCCUGUGGCUUUCGGCUAUGACCUGUUUGAGGGGCGGCCGCGACUGGCAGCAUGGCGUGAGCAGGUGGAGGUGUUCCUGGGUGCAGAGCUGUGUAAGGAGGCCCAUGGUGUCGCCUUCAGCCUCCAGGAGCAGAUGGCCAGCAAGACCCUUCCAGUCCCCCCACCAGAGGCCAUUCCAAACAUGCUGCGCCGCAUUUCUAAUAUCCCCUGA